AUUCAAACGCUGACAAGUAUUGACUGCAAUUUUGUGUUUUCCAAAUUCAACAAUAGAAUAACGUUUACCAGAGCGCCAUGAUAAUUUCGCGAGAAACGACAGAUCUCAUUAACUGCGGUCAAUGUAAAUAAAUUAUUAUUUGAAUUUCUACACGUGUACAGAUGAAGCAACCGCUUCGGGAUAAAUUAGCUCGUCCUACGAUUUUCGUCAUAUGAGAUGCUCCUAGCGAGAUCUCGAUCUUCUGUUAGAGCCGUCAAAUGCAACCUCAAAAGAUGGUUCGCGUCGGCAGUGACUCCCGGAGAUGGCGGCUCUGGAAAAGAAGUUCCACCGUGUGCGAAAAUUGCGAAAUUCGAUACGUGCCAAUUGGAUCCCUGCAUGCUGGAUCCAUGCAACCCCGAGCCAACUGUCGUGAUCAUCGGAGCUGGUAUGGCCGGUCUCUCUGCAGCGCAUCGACUUGCACAAUGCGGCCUGAAAAAUUUCACAAUACUCGAAGCCACUGAUAGGCCUGGUGGUCGCAUCCAUUCCUGCUGGCUCGGCGAUGUCGUCGCCGAAAUGGGCGCCACGUGGAUCGAGGGUGGCUGCGUGGCUAAUCCGGUAUUCACACUGGCCGCUCAGGAAGGGCUGCUAAAGCCACCUUUGUUUAGGCCGGAUCCGAGCAAGGGUCUCUUCUGCACGAGCGAGGGACGAGCGAUCGAUUUGCCCGUGAGCAUCACCGCCUACCACACUUUCAGACAAAUCGAGCAGCAAGCGGCGGCUCUGUUCUCCCUGGGCUGUGGCCGUACGCAUGGAAAUUUGCUGAACUUCAUGGGCGUUAGGAUUCAGCAGGAACUGCACAAUUUUCCCGAGGAACAGAGGUACGACGCGGCCCGGGUGAUGUACGGCCUGACCAACUGCGUGCGCUGUCGUUGCGGCGACGACCUGUCCCUGGUAUCAGCCGACCAGUUCGGCAGCUACGUCGAGAUUCCAGGCGGCAACGUCCGCGUACCCCUGGGUUACGUUGGCAUGCUGGCGCCUCUUCUCCGCGACCUGCCGAGCUGUUCGCUCAAGUACUGCAAACCCGUGAGCUGCGUUCGCUGGGGGGCCGUCAACGAGUCUUGUCCACGAGCUCUGGUCAAGUGCUGCGACGGCGACGAGUUCUACGCCGACUACGUCGUCGUCACCGUCUCGCUAGGGGUCCUCAAGCACCAGCACGAGAAGCUUUUCUGUCCGGCGCUUCCGGCGGAGAAGGUCGAAGCCAUCUCGAGGCUUGGAUACGGAUGCGUCAACAAGAUUUUUUUGGAGUACGAGAGGCCGUUCUGGGUCUGGAGCGAGGGUGGCAUACGGUUCGCUUGGUCAGCGGACGAGCUUGCUGAUCGGUGCGAUUGGGUCAAAGGCAUUUCCAUGGUCGAGGAGCUUGCGGGUUCGCAGCACGUGCUUUGCGCUUGGGUGUGCGGUCGCGAAGCGGCCGACAUGGAGCUCUGCUCGGACGAGGAAGUCGUUGACUCGAUGACCCGACUCCUGCGACAGUUCACGGGAGAUCCAACUUUGCCGUACCCGACGAACUUGCUUCGCAGCAAGUGGUGCAUGGACCAGUACUUUGCCGGCUCUUACAGCUACAUGGCCAUGGACAGCACCGUCGGGCAUCAGUGCGAUUUGGCUAGUCCUCUGCCAGGUUCGUGCGAGCCUGUCGCGCCGAUUUUAUUGUUCGCUGGCGAGGCAACGAUACCGGGCCAUUAUAGCACAGUUCACGGCGCAAGAUUGAGCGGAAUCCGCGAAGCUGACCGAAUAAUUCAAUUGACGAAACGCUUUAAUGGUCCACCGAAGAAAUUCCCAGAGCCUAGUCCGCCGUGUCCGAACAAAUGAUUGGAUUUUCUGUCGUAACUCAGAGCUGCUGUUGGCUAUACGCUCUGAGUGUGUAUUUUGAAACGUGUGCAGAUAUUUGAAACAAAAUAAAAUCACGAGUGCUCUGUUUAAGGUUUUAAAGCUGAA